AUGUAUAAUCAUCAAAAUUAACUUGGAGAACUAAAUAUAGAUUUUUAUUGUUAUAAUUAUAAAAUCAAUAAAAUUGAUAAGAAAGGCAACCUUGUUUUUGUUACAUUUGAUCCAAUUCAGAGGUAAUUUACUCCAGUUGAAAAUGUUGUUGAAGUUUUAAGUAGAGGAGGUGAAAAUCUAAAAAAAUCUUUUGAGAAAUUAAAUCACAAAAAAUUAGAUUUAUCACAAUAUUUGGUAAUGAAAGAAAGUGAUUUCUUUAAUUUUUAAAAUACAAUUGAUAAACCAUAUAUUGGUUAUAUUUCUAAAGUAAUUGGAGAUUAAGUUAUAACCUAAUAACGAUUUAUGAAUGAGCUAUAUUUAAAUAUAAUUGGAAUUAAUUCUGACAUGUUAAUCCAUUAUGCUAUGGAUACAGGUUUUUUGCCAAUUCCUUUAUAUUUUUCAGAAAAUAAUCUAAAUUUAUAAUAUUUAAGUAAUUUCUUUACUUUAAACACUUUCAAUAAGUCUGUUAAUAACAUGGAAGCUUGUAAUUAUAAUGGCCAAAAAUUUCCUGCUUAAAUUACAUUUCACAAUUAUUAUUGUUACAAUGAAGUCGAACAGUGUUAUUAUGAAUAUUUAUUUUUUAUUUGGGAUGUUGAUAAAAAAUGGAUAUCAAAGUAAAGGGUUCAAGAGAAUUAUUUUAAUUAUUUUAAUUUGAAAAAUGAUCCAUUUUCACAACCCUAAAUAUAUUAUAAUUCUACAUAAAGAUGUGGAUAUAGAAACAUAUGA